UGAACUAAAUAGGGUCAAAAUAUGUCCCGGGGCAAUGAUCCAUACACAUUCAUCAUGGAAAUAUUGUGAUACAUUGUGGAGAGAAGAUGAGUGGAUGGGGUUGAAGGGGACGAAUGGAAAAGGAAAAUCGAUUAUAAAAUAUGCUGUAACAUGUAAGCAAGAAAAUGAAAAAUAUUGCAAAACCGAUGCUUGACUCAACUCAAGGCUUAGACUUCCUGUAAACAUUUUUUUUCGAAUAUUUUCUUUCGCUUCCCAAAACGAAUAAAUCACAUCUGAAAUAUUUAUUUAUUACAACGAGAUUUGUUUCUUUUUAAGGAAGUCUUCAUUUUCUUCUCUUUUAAGAAUCUAAACUUGAAUUUAUCUUAAAUAGAAAUAAAAAAAUAUGUGAAGAAGUUUAUGUGUGUG